CGUUACGCUCUAGUGUAACCACCAGUCGCACUUUUACCUUUCUAUCUAUCAAUGGCCCUUUAAAAUACCGGCAAAAUAACCGUCAAAACAUCUACGCAGUAAUAAAACGUAUUUUUUAUUAAUUUUUGAAUUUUUUUUUAUAUAAAUAUAUUUUUCGGGAAGUGCACAGUGUAAUGUUUUGCGUUUUGGUGAUUGUUUUCUUAGUGAAAAGUGUUAAUUAUGGCUAAAAACCCGAACUUUUAUUUGAACCCGGCUUUUUGCCAACAAAGUGAGUAUCCCAAUAAUUACCCCCCUCGUGUGUUAAGCCCCAAAAGUGUGCGGCAUUCCCCUAUUGGUGCUCAGUGUAUUCCCCAAAAUGUUGAUCAAGCUGGAGGACGGAGUGAUAUCCAGAAUAUCGAGGAAUGUCUGGAGGAACAGGAGUUUUAUGAGGAGGUUCUAGUUGAUGAUAAAGGAUUUAUUACGGAUAAGAAGUUCGUUGUUGUAGCGCAGAAUAACGAAGGGAAGAAGUAUAUACAGAUUCCGCCAAGUGAAGAUCGAUAUGGUAGUAGAUACGGAUUUUCUCAAAGUGAGGAGCGAAAGGGAGCAAGAUAUGCACUACCUACCCCAACAAAACCGAAGCUUACCAGAAGCCAAAGUCAACGAUAUGAAUACAUCCAAAUGCAAGAACAAAAGAUAACCCCGAAGAAGCCUCAGUAUCACGAAGAUGUUGAGGUGUCUCCAGGCCGAGUACAUAGGUAUGCUGUAAUAGAAGCUGAAGAAGAAACUGAAUUAUCUUCUCAAAGUACAAGAUACGCGCUAGUUCCUGUAGACCACUUACCAUCGAUAACAACUACCCAACAACAACUGAUAAAUCAAAACAAAAGUAGAUACGAAUAUAUUCAAGAAGAACAUCAACCAGUGAUAUCUCAAAGUCCAACUCGAUAUGAGUAUAUCCAGACGUCACCUAAAAAACCUCAAGCAAGUUGGACUCAUAUUCAGCAAUCUCCAAGACCAGCAAACCCUACAGCUACCCAAAAACUACACGAAAUUCUUUCUACACCAAAGAAACCAACAAAUCAAGUACUGUCUCCACAAUCUGCAAGAAAACUGAUGCCACCUCCCCUUUCGCCGAUUGCCAAAGAAUUCCAAAGCAAAACAGCACAGAGAAUGAAGAAGCCCGCUCCCAAAGCUCAACAGAAGCUUAACUACACUUUAGCUACGAGACAAGUAGUUCAAGACAAAAGACAUACAGCAAUAGUAGCUCCUAUGUGCUCAAGUCCUAUACAGAGCAUUUACAGCGAAACCACAUACUCAAAAUCCGACUCCUGGUCAAAUUUGAGCAUUAGAAAAGCUCCUGUUAAGGCGACUUUGACUUUUUCUGCUAUUAUGAUGGUUCUUUGUGGAGCAGUUACGUCUGGGUUGAGCUUUUACAUGAUAAAAAUUAUGGACAGACAGUACUUUCUGGAUUUUGGGGUGGUAGCUGGAUUUACUUGUUUGAUAUUAGGAUUGUUAGGAUUUAGAAGUAGGAAUAUAUAUUGGUUGCCGAACAGAAACUAUAUUUCUGGAUACAUUAUUCUCAGCGUCUUCAGCCUCUUAACCUGCAUGGCUUUAUUAGUGCUUCUAGUUAAACAACCAAAACAAGGCACUCCUCUCGCAGAUAUGACAUCGGGCGCAGUGUGUGGUUUUUCUGCGCUCUCGUUAGUUCUCGCCGCAUUGGGAAUCGUGUCAAGUUAUUGUUGUAAAUAUCCUCCUCCGGAUAAUAGGGUUCAACAUUGUGCACAAGGAUUCAGUGUGUGACACACUCCUUCAAACACGUGACUUCCUUCUGUGAAAGACAAUAACCUGUGGAAAGUGUAUGUAUAGAAAGUUGCCUAUUACUCUAUCUAUACAGUUGAAAGAUUUUAUCAAAAAUUACACAUAGUUUCAAAAGUUAUGCAUCACUCAAAAUAUUCGCUAAUAUUAGGGCCAUCGGUACAUAAUUCUCAAAUAUUUUAUGGCUAUCCCUACUUUUUCUGCCUUUACACGGCAAAUUACGUGUAGUAAAAUUCACACUGGUAUGGAUAUAUAAACAUUACUAGAAUGUCAUUCUACUUGACAAUGUCAUCACUAACUUUAAAGAGAUGGCUUUUGAAUGUUCUUGGAUAACUGUUAUUUGUAUAAUUGCAAAUUAUUAUUUCAGUUAAUAAAUGUGAUAAUUUUUUCACUAACUAUGUAUUCAGUGAUUGUAAUAAUUUAUAUGUACAACAAAAACUAAUAUUCAAUCGAGAAAAGAGGAAAAGUGUUAAAGUGAUUUUUUAAUAAUAUAUCUAUUGUUACUAUGGAACGCUUACAAUUUUGAACAUCUUUAACAAAAAAAUACUUGGAUCACAGAAUAUAUCCUGAUGUAUUCUCUGCUUGGAUCUUCCAUAAAUAAUAAACAAUAAAUAACUUUUUAUUAAGUUCACGUCUUAAAUCAAUUAUUUUUUUAUCAAAUACACUCUCAAUAUUAUUUGACAACAACUCAAAAUAUUCCCGAUGCCAUGUUAAAUAUUUAAAACUGUCGCUGUGUCUUGUUAUCAUAUUCUACUAAGUAUUUGACUCAGUGCGUUGUAUGACAAAGAUAGUGAAUGUUCGAUUUGGAAAAUAUCACCACGGGCAUGGUGUCCAUUUUUUUCAAAUCCUGAAAAAACUAAUAAAUAUUUUUAUUGAUAAAAUAGUGAGUAAAUUAUUAUCAAGGGCCGAAAGUCCCUUAGAAUAAAUAAAAAGUUUCUUUUGAAUGAGAUAUUUGAAAUUAAAAGUCGCACAAAAUUUUCUCUUAGUUUUUCAUCCCUGUAAUUUAUUAAAAUAAACAUUUCUAUAUCUAUAUCUAAUAAUAAUAAAUAAUAUCUAUCUAUAAUAUAUCUAUAAUAAAUAAAACUUCUAAGUUUUCAGGGUCUUUCGGCCCUCGGUAAGAACGUAAUCUUUCAUUCUGCGUUUAAAUUUUUCAAAAAUACUUAUUAGUUUUCUCAGGAUUCGAAAAAAUUGAUUCCCCAUUUGAAUAGCAUUGCAGCCGAAAAUACGUAGGUACCCAUCUCCUUAGGUAACUAUUUUCAGAAAAAAAAAACAAUAAAAUCCUUUAUAAAAGGUAUAUAUUUAAAAUCCCUAAAAAGGGCUACAUCACAGAACUAGUUUCUUGGUGGUUAGCAUGUAAAUUUCACGUAAGCACUGAUGAUGAUUGGUCAACCAAUCGAAAUCUAGUUCUGUGAUGUAGCCCUUUUUAGUGAUUUUAAAUAUAUACCUUUUAUAAAGGAUUUUAUUGUUUUUUGUAUUACAUGGUAUACAGCCAACUACAGGAAAACUUUUUCCGUGUGGAUUUUUAUUUUCAGAAACUUCUGUUGUAGAUCAUUUUCAUACAUUGACAGACAGUUUUUGUUUUAACAGAAAUAUUGUUUUUUUAGUAAAUAAAAAAUUAAAAACUAAAAAAAUAUUUUUAAUUAAAAUCUAUUUUAAUAUUGUGUAUUUUAUCAUCGAUGAAAUUCUAUAUUCGAGCCCUAUUACUGCUAACAAGUCGAUCAAUAAUUUCCUGUGGCAGAUUCUCUCAUUCCCGUCUACAGAAGUUUGUAAGUUCAUGAUGGAUUUUAAGAGGACUACUCCGGACAUGAACAGCUCUGGAGAAUAUAUCUGAUGCAGGUUUAAUGCGGUUCAUGUCUGGCGACAUCGCAGGCCACUCCAAAUCGUCGAAUACCUUCUAUCUCAAGAUAAGCAUUAACCGUUUGAAUCUCUUGUAGGCAGGCGUUAUCAUCUAUAAUUGCAAAAUUUUCACCCACAGCUCUUCGCCAUAAUCUCACAUGAGAUUCUAAAAUCCGUGUGAUCUACCUUUGUCCUGUUAGAGUGCCGUCAAUAACCACCAAUUCCGUGCGUCCACUUGCCAUAAUACCUGCCCAAAAUAUAACACUGCCACCAGCAGUAAGAAGUAUGAGAAGCAAUGUUCUAGUUGUGCAGCUCUUCUUAGCUCUCGCCAAACACUGGUCUUGUCUGAAAAAAGCACAAAAUUACAAAACUGUUGAGGGAGCCCACUGGAGGCGAUGUGUUCUUAAGCCCACUGGAGGUGGUGCAAAACAUGUCUAGGUUGUAGCUGAAGAACUGUUAUUGGUCGACGACUCCUCAAACUUGACUCUAAAGCUCUUCCUCUAAUUGUAGCCAGCAAUACUCUGACUCAUGUAGUCAUGUAGCCUGCGUGAAGUCUCUUUUGAGGGCUGGUACAGACAUAGAAGAAUUUCCCCGACUGUAAAUCCUGAUACAUAUAUCUAUUCUGGUGUUCAGUGGUAACUCGGGGUUUACCAAAGCAACCUCUAUAAGGUAUUGAAUUUGUCUCCACAAAACCUAUUAUAUAUUCGCGAAAUACCACUCUGAGAAACACCCACUCUUUUCUCGCCACGAACUGCUGUGGAUAGCCUUCUUCAUUUAAAAUGAUAAUUCCUGCAUGGUCCAACUCAGAAAUUAAAUUACGCUUUCACAUUUUGACAAAUUUUACCAUAAUACAUUUUUCCAAUGUUUACACCUUGGCAAAGCCAGAUCAAUUAAAUGGGUAUUUAAAUACAAUAAAAAUAUACGUUUUAAAUGAAAAAGGCCUAUUAAAUAUGUAACAAGGAUGCGGAUUUUUUAUCAAGUAGCCUAUACUCGUCCACUGCUGAACGUAUGCCUACCGUAAAUUUUCCACCUAUCUCUAUCUUAAGCUUCUUGCAUCCAAUUUGUGCUGAUGCGCUUUAUAUCAUCCGUCCAUUUAGUCGGUAGUCGUCCUCUGCUGCAAAGCAAAAGAUGCGGAGUUAUAAAAGUGUAAAAAUCGUGAAUAUGAGGGGUGAUGCGUAACUUUUGAAACUAUAUUGUAUAAAAGUGCCUUUCAAAUGUAAAGUGACUGUGUUAUAAACUCUCUCCGGAGUCGGAGUUUAAACCCACAAAACAGAAUUCUGUACUGAUGAGUAAAAAGGUCUUCAGUAAAAAACAUAGAGAUAGAGAUUUUAAAUAAGUGUUUUAGUACGUUAAAAAAUCGAUAUAAAGCGAUUGAAUUUCAACGUUUGUUUUGAAACGAUUGAACGCAAGUUUUGAAGUAUUAAAAUAGAGAAGAAAAUUAGUCGAUUAUUUCAUUCAUAGGAGAUUCUGACCAAUAGAAAGAUACAGAAAUAAAAAUUAAGGUGAUUAUUUUUUGAUGAUUUUAACUUCCAAUCGUAUAGUAAGAGUAAGAUAUUUGAUCACGUGUUUAAUUCUGUCCAAUCAGAUUAAAAUUAUACUGAGAAUUAUCUACUGUAGAAAAUUCCCGAUAGAAUUUUUUUCCUAGUUUUGACAACUGUCACAUUUAAGAAAAUAUCCAUAAUAUACGUAUUAAAAAAUAAUCUAACGAAUAUCACACGACAGUAAGAAUAAAUAAGAAAAUAAUGCUUCAUUUUUACUCAAAUAUGUUGUCAUUGGGCAAUAGCCACUCGAGCCCUGCGGGCUCUCGUGUCUAUUGCCAGACAACAAAUUUUCGAAAAACUGUCGCAUUAUUUUCAAUUUAUUCUCACUCUCUUGUGAUAUUAUACCCGAUAAUUUUUGAUAAUAUCCCGUCGUCAAGUAUAUUACGUCAGAUGCCCUUCGUUGCUACAAAAAAAAUACAUUCAGUGACAUUAAUCACAAUUAAUAUUUUAAAAAUUAUAAAAGUAAUGACUUUCAACCGUCAAAUAUUUAUAACCACUGUGUGUUUAAUUAUACUAAUUUGUACUUACAUAAAUAAAUUACAAUAAAAUUUUGGUUUUGAACAGUUUUAUUCAUGAAAUAAUCGCAGCAAAUUGCACUCGAUCUCUAAAAUUAUUGUUGAAUUUUUGCCCUCGUGACAUUUUGACAUAAUUUCACUCCCCUUCGGGUCGUGAAAUUAAAACUGUCAAAGUGUCACUCGGGAAAAAUUCGAUAAUUUUAGAGCUCUUGUGCAAUUACUACUGAUUAUAUUACUUUUCAUGGAUUUGUGUAACGUACUAAAAAACUUUGAACAAAAUCGAUGUUUUUUGACUUAAGACCAUUUUACUUAUCAGUAAAGAUUUUAUAUUUUGCAUUGUACUAUAUAUACAUAUAGGACUUUUCAUCACAAAAUAGUGUCAGCUAUAAUAGAACAAAAUACUGUUCUUCUUCUUUCUCUUUUUACUGGCUUGAUUUCAAGCUUUAUUUUCAAAGUGUCUCAAAUAUCAGAUCAAUUUUUUAUUCGAUUAUUAGUACAUAUUAUCAUACUGAAAAGGAACAAUGAAGCAUAGACUUUAAAUAUUAACAUGCAAUGAACAUAGAGGUACAUAUUAACAUAGAGGGAGCCUGUCUUCCGCGCUUCCUGACGACAAGAUCUCAUGGACUGGUUUGCUGCAUCUCUUUCUAACACAUUGUAUCGAAAAUCUAUGAUGACAUUCAGUGUGAAUAUAGGCACGGAAGAGGAGGACAACUGUAGCAGCUUUACUAUGCGUAAGAGUGAAACAGCACUAAUCCAAAUAAAAAAGAUGGUGUCGUCACUUCGCUCUGAAUGACACUCUCUCUAUGCUAAUAUUAUAACUCUAUGGCAAUGAAGCGGUGUCUCUAUCUCUGACAAGUAAUGAUGCCUAACUUCUCACAGUACGAGAAACAUAGCGGCUGCGCAUGCGCUCGUCACAUGUUGAAAAGCCCAUGUCGGUCCAUUAAUUCAUAAAUUAAAUCAAUCGUUUCAUAAAUUCAUAAAUUUAAUCACAUUUUAAGUCAAAUGUAUGAAGCCGAUCCACGCCGAUCUAUGAAUUAAAAAAUGGCUAAUAUUCCGGUGAGCGUUUUCAAAGUUUUUUUAAUAUAACUUAUUUUUAUAUACCAAAUUUUUUCUAAAACAUACAGAAUGUGUAGAUAUUUAUCUGUUAUAAAACAAUAAACGGAAUAUUUAUUUAAUAAAUUGUCGAGAGUUUCGAUUUAUUUCUUCUUCUUUGAGAUUUCAAAUCUGCCAUGUAUCUAUUGUUAACUAUUAGUUUCAUUAAUAUGAAUAUACUGUUAUGACAUAAUUUAAAAACUGGAAAAUUUAUUAAAUUCUAAUUAUCACAUUUUGCACUGAGCAUAGGCGCAAAAUUUCGAGCCAAUGCUUUUUAUAUGCAUUAAUUUUUUUCGAAUACGGAGAAAAGUAUUUUUGAAAAAUUUUAACGAAGAAUGAAAGAUUACAUUAUUACCGAGUAGAGUUUCACAAGUUUGACUUGAAUGUCUGAACUUGAAUUUGACUUAAUUUCAAGUCAAACUCAAGUCAAUCCUUCUAACAAAUAAUUCAAGUCAAGUCAAACUGGUCAAUCGUACAGGUUUCAAAAUUCAAGCUGUUUGUCAAACUAGUUUGAAAGAGUUUGAAAAAUAAUGUAUUUAGUAGAUAUACUUUUUUGUCGAGAUUGAUAUAUUAGUUGCCAAUUAAGAUAAGAAAAUUAAUAAUACAAUGAGUGCCACAUAAAAGUAUCUUGAUACAGGAAGCUAUUAUAAUCAAAAUAGGGUAAAUUUUUUGAAAAUGAUUCCUGUAUGCUUAGACUUUCUUGCUGGCAAGUUUCGUUUUAUCGAUAUAACUUUUUUAUAUUUGAGUGUUACUAGAUUAAAACAAAAGAAUUCGUUGGAUAGUUUUUUAUCAUACUAAAUGUAAUUUAAUCUACUUUGGACUCUUCCAAGUAUUACCUAACGCAAGUUGGGGGUAGGGGGGUCAUGUAGAACGUUACGGCGCGUUAUACGGGUGGCAGGGGGGUUCGAACAGCGCGUUACGUAACAUUGUUUUUAACUUAAAUAAAAAAACUACGGAAUCAAAAUCUCCCAACUUUUCAAUUUUGGUUUAUAUUUUACAUAGAAUCCUUGGAUUGUAUUAUAUUGUUCCCUCACGCUCCGCUCAUAUUACAAUAGGACAAUAGUAUUCAAGUGAAAAAAUCUUAAAAUUUGUAUUCACCAAAUCAAGCACAGUGACACGUGUUUGCAAUAAAUAGCUGGACCUUUCUUCACAACAAAAGAUGAAAAGAUACCCUUGGGAUAAAGAGGUUGUAAGAGCUUCAAAAAUUGCGUUACGUAAUACUUGAACGGCCCCUUUAACAGAAAUGUAUGAAGGAAAAACAAAAUAUUAUAUUUUUGAUAGAGUAGGUUUAAUGAUUUAUUUGCGACUUUGCAAUGUCGUCUUAAAGAAUAAGUUCACUAUUUGUCAUUUUAUAACGUUGUUCUUUAUUUUUACAUAAUACAAGUAUGCACUUCAUUGUUUUGAAAUCACCUGCCGCAAUAUCAAAUAAAUCAGUAUACAUAUUUAUUUUUCUUAAUUAAUUCUGCUUCGACUACAGAUUUUUUUUCUCUUAAUUUUUGCAGUGGUAGAGAACUGAUACCUUCAACAUCAGACUCAAUUUGAUGUGGUACUUAUUCUGAGCCGAAAAAUAUUCAGGUUUAGAUCUUAUUUCACAAAGCACACACUUCAAAACGAACGUAAUAAACAAGCCAAGCAUAUACUUCUUAAUAUGAACUACAAACUAAUUUGCGGAGUAGCAGAAUACAGAUUCAGACUUAUCCAAAUAAGUCAAAACAAAAGUCGGUACGCUCUCAAUUAGAAUUGGAAAUAAACACGUUGCAUUGCGCAAUAUGAUAUUGAAACUUCAAACUGUUUGAAGAAGUUUGAUUUCAAGUCAAACCUAAAGAUAUCAAAAUCAAGUCAAGUCAAACUUUUUUACAAAAAAGUUUGGUUUUCAAGUUAAGUCAAGUUUGUUGAAUAAAAUCAAACUAGUUUGAUUUGAUGCAUCUCUAUUACCGAGUUCCGAAAGUCGCUGAAAACUUCUAUAAUGUUUAUUUUAAUAAGUUACAGGGGUGAAAAAAAAAGACUUUCGGUCCUCGGUAAUAAUGUAAUCUUUCAUUCUGCGUUUAAAUUUUUCAAAAAUAUUUAUUAGUUUUCUCAGGACUCGAAAAAAAAAUGAAUGCAUUUUAAAAAGUAUUUGUCCGAAAUUUUGCCCCUACGCUCUUAAAAUUCAGAUCUGCUUUGAGCCACAUACUGAAUAUUACCGUUACAAAAAUAAACAGAUUGAUAGAGGAUGAUGAGAUACAGGAUACAGGUUACCCAUGUUAACACAAAAAAUUGAGAAAACAAGAACAAGAAAUGAAAGACAAGAAUGUUGAAAUGUAAAACAAAUACAUGUAACAUGAAUAUUAACGUGAGUGUAAAAGUUUCUUAUCUUCUCAUUUUUUAUAGCUGUAUAGGUGUAAAUUGUAUAAUAUAUGAAAAUAUUUUUAUUUUGUAGUGAUUUAAUUAUUUUUGUAAGCGUUCUUUGAUCUUUAUAGUUUAUGUUAAAUUUGGCAUCAGUAGUCAAUUAACCCUUUCGCUGCUGAAUGCUAAAAAAAUUGUUGUGCCAUCAGUGUGCAAGAAGUUAUCAUGCGCGAAUAUAUCCGCCUUGAGCAGUACAAAACAAAUUUUGAAAAGGGUACCUAAUUGGCUCCCAAACUGUUCCAGACGUAUUUAACCCCAAACGAUAAAAAAUUCAGAAGAUGAAAAAUAAUAUUUCUUCUACGUUUUAUAUUAAAGAAACACAUAAUUAAGAAUUUUAUUUUUCUGUACUAAUUUUACAGAAUUUUUUCUGUACCUACUAAUUAUUCGGGCCAUUCUAAUAUGAAAGGUGUGUUGCUAAGUGCUGCUAGACUGUGUGCACAGUAAAAGGGCUAGGAGAGUUCUAGCUAUUUCUCCAUGUAAAAUCCCAUAAGAAAUCGCUAAGGUCCAUUCUGGUCAUUUUUGACUCUUUUGUCACGUCGCAGCAGAGGGUAGCAGAGGGCAACAGAGGGUAGCAGAGGAUAACAGAGGCCAGCAGAGGGUAGCAGAGAGAUCACAGUAGAGGGUAGCAGAGUGAUGCUGUGGGUAACGUUGGACGCUCUGCUACCCUCUGCUGGCCUCUGUUACCCUCUGCUAUCCUCUGUUGCCCUCUGCUACCCUCUGCUGCGACGUGACAAAAAGAGUCAAAAAUUACCAGAAUGGACCUUAGCGAUUUCUUAUGGGAUUUUACAUGGAGAAAUAGCUAGAACUCUCCUAGCCCUUUUACAGUGUACUCUGUUGCAAAUAAAACAUAUUAUAUCUUAUUGAUUCAAAGUCUACGUUAUGAAACCAGUUUAAAAAACUAUCAGCCUUUUAUCUGUCUUCGAAUCAUCACUGUCAAUAUCACUGCUUACCUGUUUCAUUACUUUUCAGGCAUUUUUUGAUCUCAGGAGAAGCUUUUCAAACAAUAUGUUUCUAUUUAAUAUGAAUACAGUACAACCUGCCAUAUCCGGACCUGUCAUAUCCGGACCUCCCCAUAUCGUCCGGAUCUACCGAAAUCUACCGAGAACGGCAGUCCUGCUGUUGGACAACGCACUAAAGGAAGAUCUAAAAGAAGGCGAAGUAAUGUAUUAUAGAAUCUAUAAAACGUGUCUAUUGACGAAAGAUAUUGACGGCGUUGAUUACUGGAAUGUAUGAAGGAGAAAACAUUUUAGAGACUGUAAAAAAAGUAGUGGUCUUGAUAUCCGGAUUUUGUCAUAUCCGGAUCGGUCUGUCGCCACAUUGAUCCGGAUAUGGCAGGUUUGACUGUACUUUAAAAAAGUUAGAAGUAUAAUGCUUUAUUUUACCGCCUAAAUAACCUUCUUCUGUUAGUUUUUGUCGUAUACAACAAUUUUUGUAUACGACUCACGCACUGAGAGCACGAAAAAACUUUGCGAAUAUAUCAGUAUUUCACAGCGAAAGGAUUAAUUUAACGUCCUGAUGACUUUCGCGAUAUUUAAGUUUUACUCAACGUUUAAUUACCAUUUUAACUUCUUUUGGACUACAACCGGAAAGAUAAAUUUUGGAUACAGUUACACAAGUAGUCAAUAUACCUAGGAACGAAAAUAAGUCUCUCCAAUUGUACUCCUCUUAGCAGAUGAAACGUUGAUUAAAACUAUCUAAUAACGCGAUCGCUCUAAAGCAGCAGUUCCCAACCUGUGGUACAUGUACUACUGGUGGUACAUAUCAUUAUUUUGCGGAGGUACGCAAAACGCAAGAGCAUAAAAAACUUGUCAAAAUCAGCACCGCAAUAAUAAAUAACAAAGGAGGAAAUUUUGAUUUCCCUUCUCUUACAAAACGCGCUUUAGAAUACUUGAUACCUUUUCGACAACACACCUGUGCAAAAAUAGAUUUUCCCCAAUGACAAAUAUUAAGAACAUCAGAAACAAACUGAAUGUAGGAUCUAAUCUUCGAGUUUAUCUAGGUAACACCGAAUGUGGAAAUAUUCAAGCACAACCUUCUCACCUUCUCACUAAUUAGUUUGUUUUUCUAACUAGGUACCUAGGUAUAUAAAACCUAAAAAUAUAACCAAAACAAAAUUUUACUCUUGUUGAAUUUUUUAUCCAUUCUUUAAUAUUACAGCAUAAAAAUUUUACAGUUGCUUAGACUUUCUAGCUAAAUAGAUACCUAUUUCAGUUAGGUGGUACCAAAAAUCAUUUUGUGGUACAUGAAUCAAAAAGGUUGAGAACCACUGGUCUAAAGUAUUAUAACACAUGCUACACCCUGAUAACUCUUGUAUUUUGUUAAUUUCUAUGUAUAUGGAUUAUAUUUAAUCAUAAUAAAAAGCAGUGUAUACUUUCCAAAGAAUAAAUAUUUAUAGUAUAUAAUUCUCAUUUGACAACAUUUUUUAGUUUUGUAAAAAAUAUAUAAAAAUAACCUGUUAUACAUUAUUUAUUAAGAUUAUUUUAAAACUUUGUAAAAUUUUAAUGCUGAAACGUUGUAAAUAAAUUUUUUUAAUAUAAUGUUGAUUUACUGAAAACUAAAACUAUUUAGCAUUUCACCCUACUGAUGACUCGUCAUUGCAAUAGUAAUUUUGUUCAGUAUGAGAAGAACCGCAAGUUCCUAUAUUUGGUUGAUACACUUACUCGAUUGGGUAAUGAUGCGCAUCCACUGUACACCUCUAAGCCAUGGAUUAUAUCUGCACACCUCUAAGACAAUAGUCUGUCUAAUCACAGGUGGUAACAAUAGCUCUGGGAAUUUCGAUGUUUGUUGACCAGUCCGUUAAAACCGUUCUAGUAAACUUUGAAAAGUUUCUCUUCUUGGUUGUCGUCUAUCAGUGUCGUCUCAAAAACCAUAUUAAUAAAUUUCUCUUUAGAAAAAUUCAUGUAUAAUAGCAACAAAACAACUGAAACUGGAACUAGAAAAAUAGUCUAAUGUCAAAUUAUUAAGCAAAUUUAGAGUCAAAGUCAUAGCCAACCAAGUACAAUAUCGUGAUUUUAUUAUUAUUUUACAUACCAACCAUAUUAACUACUUAUGUAGGAAAAAUGAAAGAUUACCCAUGAACAAACAUAUAAAACAGGAUGUAUUUUCCUGUCACCGUGUCACAAAAAAAAUUGACCAGCGCAAGUACAUGCAAUAAUUACAUAAACUGUUCUUAUAAUACUGCUACUGGUUCAUUACUUUCUGGAA